UGGCGAGCCUGUGGAGGCAGAAAAGUUGCUGAGUCCUGGAAGAGAGAGAGAGGGAAAGAAGGAAGGAAAGAAAGGAAGAGAAGGUGCUCUUCUUAGGACCGCCUCUGUGUGUGCAAAACAGGGACACCGGGCUCAGCGAAGGUGGAAAAUGGAGAGAGGUCGGAGUUCUGAUUGAAGCGGGGCCUUGGAGAAGACGCCAAAAGUUUGGGAGACUUCCAGAGCGCAGCGCCAUGGACGGGCUUCUUGCUGAGGCUUAAAGAAGGAACAGACCCCCCUUUUCCCUCCUUCCCCUUCUCCUCUCCUCUCUUCUUCUUCCUCCGACUUCAUUCCCUCCCUCUCUCCCUCGUUUCUCUCUCUCUCUCUCUCUGCUUUUGCCUGGCUUGCUGUGACCUGUUGGCCGGAGCAGCAGGAAUGCGCCCCAGUGCGCCUCUCUCGCCGGCGGCCUUUGCUCGAGAUUUUUAAACCCCGCGAAGAGCCGGAGAAGGGGGCCAUCGGACUGGGUCGCCUUCUGGCCUCCAACUGGAUCCGUCAUGUCCCGGCGGGGGAGGAAGAGCGGGCUUCUCCAGCCUUACUACCCGGCCGCCGCCGCCUACUACCUCUGCCUCCUCUCCUCCUUCUUGCACAGCACCGCCCGAGGUCUCAAUAUUUGCACAAGUGGCAGUGCCACCUCCUGUGAAGAAUGCUUGCUGGUUCAUCCCAAGUGUGCCUGGUGUUUUAAAGAGGAAUUUGGAAGCAAAAAAUCCAUCACUUCAAGAUGUGACUUCAUAGAGAAUCUAAUUGCCGGUGGUUGUGCAGAGCACAUUGAGAAUACAACCAGCAGUAUUAAUACAGUGAAGAACCUUCCUUUGAGCAGUAAAGGCUCCAGUGGAGCUAAUUCAGAUGUUACCCAGAUAAUGCCUCAAAAGAUCUUGUUGAAUCUGCGGCCUGGUGACCCAGCGUCUUUUCAAGUGCAGGUUCGACAAGUGGAAGACUAUCCUGUGGAUCUGUAUUAUUUAAUGGAUCUCUCCCUCUCCAUGAAAGAUGAUCUGGACACUAUUCGGAACUUGGGGACCACCCUGGCCGAAGAGAUGGGAAAGCUGACCAGCAAUUUCCGCCUUGGCUUUGGGUCUUUUGUGGAUAAGAACAUUUCUCCCUUUUCCUACACAGCACCCAGAUACCAGAACAAUCCAUGCAUAGGUUACAAGCUAUUUCCAAGCUGCGUUCCAUCCUUUGGAUUUCGGCAUCUUUUGUCCCUCACAGAUAAAGUUGACAGGUUCAACGAGGAAGUUCAGAAACAGAAAGUUUCCCGCAACAGGGAUGCCCCAGAAGGUGGUCUUGAUGCCAUCUUACAGGCUGCUGUGUGUGAGAAGGAGAUUGGAUGGCGGAAGGAGGCCUCUCACUUGUUGGUCUUCACAACAGAUGAUGUCCCACACUUCGCACUGGAUGGGAGGCUGGGCGGAUUGGUGCAGCCACAUGAUGGGAACUGUCACCUAAAUGAAGCCAAUGAAUACACUGCUGCAAAUCAGCUGGAUUAUCCUUCCCUUGCACUCCUUGGAGAGAAGCUAGCGGAGAACAAUAUCCACCUAAUUUUCGCAGUGAUAAAAAAUCACUAUGUUCUUUACAAGAACCUUACAGCUCUUAUCCCUGGAACGACAGUGGAGAUUUUGUAUCCAGACUCCAGAAAUAUUAUCCAGCUCAUAGUCAAGGCCUACAAUAGUAUUCGGUCUAAAGUAGAAUUAACUGUUUGGGACAACCCUGAGGACAUCAACUUGGGUUUCACAGCUACGUGUCAAGAUGGUUUGUCCUACCCUGGAGUCAGGAAGUGUGGAGAUCUUCAGAUAGGAGACACAGUUUCCUUUGAGGUAUCAGUAGAAGCCCGGGGCUGUCCUGCAGAGAACACCUCCCAUACAUUUACUAUCAAACCAGAUUGGUUUCGGGACACUUUAGAGGUGACUGUGACGUACAACUGCACCUGUGGCUGCACCAAGCAGACUGAGCGCAACAGCAGCAAGUGCAGUGGGAAUGGCACACAUGUGUGUGGAUUAUGUGACUGUGACCCAGGCCACGUGGGUGCCAAGUGCGAAUGUGAGGAGGGAGAGAGUGGCAGCAUGUAUCAGAACAUGUGCCGGGAGGCCGAAGGGAAGCGUGUCUGCAGUGGCCGAGGAGAGUGCUCUUGCAACCGCUGUGUCUGCUCCGAGAGUGAAUUUGGGAAGGUCUAUGGUUUGUUCUGUGAGUGCGAUGACUUUUCCUGUCCAAGAUACAAAGGCAUUCUCUGCUCAGGUCAUGGAGAAUGCCACUGCGGGGAAUGCAAGUGCCACCGUGGUUACGUUGGGGACAACUGCAAUUGCUCAAUAGAAACACAGGCAUGCCUUUCAAACGAUGGCCAGAUGUGCAGUGGAAGAGGGAACUGCAUCUGUGGGAAAUGCCAGUGCACAGAGCCUGGCGCUUUUGGGGAGACUUGUGAGAAGUGUCCCACCUGCCCAGGUGUCUGCAGCACUAAAAGGGAUUGCAUUGAGUGUAUGCUGUUUAACUCGGGAAGGCUGGCUGACAACCAAACCUGCCAAAAACACUGCAGGGACGAGAUCAUUACACGAGUGGACGUUCUCAAAACCGAUGACCCGCACUCGGUGCUGUGUGCCUACCCAGUGAAGGACUGUGUGAUGAAGUUCACAUAUUCAGAACUUGCCAAUGGAAAGACCAAUAUCACCGUUCUCAAAGAACCAGAAUGCAGUACAGCCCCUGACGCCAUGAUGAUCUUACUAGCAGUUGUAGGCAGCAUUGUCUUCCUGGGCCUUAUCCUCUUGGCCAUUUGGAAACUGCUGGUCACUAUUCAUGACAGGCGGGAAUUUGCAAGGUUCCAAAGCGAGCGUUCCAGAGCAAGAUAUGAAAUGGCUUCAAACCCUCUUUACCGCAAGCCCAUUUCCACACACAGCUUAGACUUCACAUUCAACAAGCUCAACAGGACCUAUAAUGGAACAGUUGACUGAUGAGAAUUCUAGAAGAUGAUGGAUAAGAGAAAUGGGAAGGUUUGAUCAUUGCUUGGCUUCCUCAGCGCUUCCCUGAUGGACAACAGAUUCUCUGCAGGGGGACAGUAUCUUAAAACGAGGCUUGGCCAUCCGGCAUGGGUUUUUAUUUGCACGUUAAGGACAGAGAGACAGUGCCCCAUCUGCUCUUCAUAUCUUUAAGCCAUUCUCGUUCGCCUGGAUCCCUUUUGAUGCCUUGGAAAUGCCAGAAAUUCAAACAGCGUGCCAUAUUACAAGCUUCAGCCAUCUGUCAGCAUGACAGGGUAUACAGGUCCUACUGAUUGGGACACUGUAUUGCUGACAGUGUCUCGGGGAACGCUAGCAUUGGACAAGCAAUUUUUUCAAAACAGCUUGGUGUUACUAUUUUAGAAUAAUUUUUAUAAAAAAAUAAAGCAACUGCACAUA